GAUCCUUUAAACUGGAGGUGCCAGGGGUUGAACCUGGGACCUUAUUCUUGCAGAUGAUCACUGUCACUGUGAUUUAUGAGGAUUGCAGAGGGGGUGGCACAAAACGUCUUGUGCCACCAUAACGACAUCAAGUCUGCGUUGGAAUUGUUUUUUUAAAGAUGUUUUUAAAGCUGAAGAACCCUACGUCCAAGCCGUGAGUGGCAGAGAAAGUAGCCACUCGUGGUGCGUCUCCAACAAAAAGGGCGGGGUUUAAGGAACGCCCCACCCACUCAAGCGAGCCCCGCCCCUAGACUGCCCAGUUUGACGCACGUGGCUUUGCCUUCCUGGUGGCGAGUCGCUUCUCUGGCCGGGAGGAGGCUUUUUUUGUAGCCUUUCCAUGGCUCCAGCUCAGGCCUCGGGACGGAGGAGGAAAAGGCAGCGUCGGUGUAAGGAUCGGGAUCUGGAUGAGCAACAGGACUACGAGAUGCCAACUCCAGCGUUCCCAACUUCCGAUUGUGCGUCUGAUGUCGAACCAGACACCCAGGAAAUGGUUCGGGCCCAGAACAAGAAAAAGAAGAAAUCGGGGGGCUUUCAGUCCAUGGGUCUGGGUUACCCUGUGUUCAAAGGGAUCAUGAAGAAAGGAUACAAAAUCCCAACUCCCAUCCAGAGGAAGACCAUCCCCCUGAUUCUGGACGGCAAGGACGUGGUUGCGAUGGCAAGGACAGGGAGUGGAAAGACGGCCUGUUUCCUUAUUCCCAUGUUUGAGAAGCUGAAGGUGCACAGCGCCAAGACUGGCGCACGCGCCCUCAUCCUGUCGCCCACCCGGGAACUUGCCUUGCAGACCCUCAAGUUCACCAAGGAGCUCGGCCGAUUCACAGGCCUGAAAACGGCCCUGAUCCUUGGAGGGGACAAGAUGGAAGACCAGUUUGCAGCUCUGCAUGAAAACCCUGAUAUAAUCAUCGCCACUCCUGGCCGGCUGAUGCACGUGGCCGUGGAGAUGAAGCUCAAGCUGCACAGCGUCGAAUACGUGGUCUUUGAUGAAGCGGACAGGCUCUUUGAGAUGGGCUUUGCAGAGCAGCUCCAAGAGAUCAUCUCGAGACUGCCCGAGAACCGCCAGACAGUCCUCUUCUCUGCCACCUUGCCGAAACUGCUGGUGGAGUUUGCCCGAGCCGGUCUUACUGAGCCAGUGUUGAUCCGACUGGAUGUGGAGUCCAAACUGAGCGAGCAGCUCAAGCUCUCCUUCUAUCACGUCCGUGCCGAUGACAAGCCAUCUCUCCUGUUGUAUCUGCUGAGGACGGUCGUGAGACCGCAGGACCAGACAAUUGUCUUUGUAGCCACUAAGCAUCAUACGGAAUACCUGAAAGAGCUCUUGACAGCACAGGGUGUGAACUGCACCCAUGUCUACAGCUCUCUGGACCAGACCGCUCGCAAGAUCAAUGUUGGCAAGUUCAUCCACGGCAAGUGCUCUGUGCUGAUAGUCACCGACUUGGCUGCCCGUGGGAUCGACAUCCCUUUCUUAGACAAUGUGAUCAACUAUAGCUUCCCAGCCAAGCCCAAGCUGUUCCUCCACCGUGUUGGCAGAGUGGCCCGGGCUGGGAGGAGUGGCACUGCCUACUCCCUGGUGGCCCCUGACGAAACCCCCUACGUUUUCGACUUGCAUCUUUUUCUAGGCCGUCCCCUCGUCCUUGCCAGCCCCCACGAGAAGCCCACAGAUGCAGACGGCGUCUUUGGGCGCGUCCCCCAGAGCAUCCUUGAUGAUGAGGACAGCCUGCUGCAGACGGAUCACGAGCGCUCGCUGGAGCUGCAGAACCUCCGGCGCAUCUCUGACAACGCCCAGAAGCAGUAUGUGAAGUCACGGCCCGGUCCGUCGCCAGAGUCCAUCAAGAGGGUCAAAGAAACGGACUUCAGCCUCCUGGGCAUCCACCCGUUGUUCAGUUUGCGCUUUGAGGACGAAGAGAUGGAGCGGCUAAAAUUUGUGGACAGCAUCAAAGCUUACCGUUCCAAGGCAACCAUCUUUGAAAUCAACGCCACCAACAAGACCCUGGCCAGCAAUGUCAUGCGUGCCAAACGUAGCCGUGACCGGCAGCUCAUUGACCGGCACCAGCGGAAGCAGCAAGAGAGGCUCUCCUUGGCAGCAGCGAAGGUCCAAGGCCUGGCCACGCUAGCUGCUGCUGAGCGAGAAUCGGAGGAAGGAGAAGAACCCAUUCAGGAUGUUUUCUCCAGCGUGGUAGGAAACAAGCGGAAGCAGCCCCCAGCAGGAGAGGUCACCAGGAAGAAGAAGAAAGUGCUGACCCAACAGGACGGAGAGUUCUACAUCCAGUACCGGCCCAAGGACUUUGAUACUGAGCGUGGGCUGUGCAUCAGCGGGGAAGGCAGCGCUUUUGAGCAACAGGCUUCGGGAGCUGUCCUCGAUCUGAUGGGCGAUGAGAAUCGGAACAUGAACAAGAACAAGAAGCUACUGAAAUGGGAUCGGAAAAGGAAGCGGUUUGUGGGCCAGACAAGCCAGGAGGAUAAGAAGAAGAUCCGCACGGAAAGCGGGGCGUACAUCAGCAGCUCCUAUAAAGGCAACCUCUACGAUAAAUGGAAAAAGAGGAACAAGAUAGACGAGCAGGAUUCUGACUCUGAAGCUGAAGGAGAGCACAGAGGUGGGAAGAAAUGGAAAGGCAGAGGUGCCCAUCCCACACCAUCCCCACGAAGCAGCCGCGGCCCCCAGCAGGGGAAGGUCCGCUCCGAGCUGAAAACCACGCAGCAGAUCUUCAAGCAGCGUAAGAAGAUGGCCAAGCAGCACUUCUUGCAGCGUGGUGGCUUGAAGCGCGUCCGGGCGCACAACCGGCAGCGUGUCCAAGAGCUGCGCCGGACCGCCUUUGGGCGCGGGACCACCAAGAAGGGCAAGAUGCGGAAGAGGAUGUAGGCGGGCGAGGCUAGCCCCGUGGCUUUCCAAAAGUCCCAUCUGUCGCCGUUUAUUUGCUAUGUAAACUCUGGGUCCGGAGGGAAGAAUUAAAGCAGCCUUACCAGUGUUGCUUCUCACUUGAGCAUAAAGGCUCCUUUGGUCGUA